UACACACUCUUGAAUUCGUAGUUUCAAAUCGGGAAACUUCCACAUCAAAGAUUAUCGCAUUUAAAUGCUGUAAAGUAAAGGCAACUGCGUUCGUGCAAAGAACGUUAAAAUUUUUACAGUGCGUGUAAAGUCAAUUUUGCUAUGCAGUUAUCGUUUUACUAUGAAUAUGAACAAAACCGUUCUGGAUGUUUUAAAACCACGUACGAAUCUAGUAAACAUUAUUCAUUAUAUAAAAUAUGCUUCGUCAUUCUCGUGAAAAUUUCAUCGUAGUUGAGAAAUUAUAUGGAACUCCGCUCGGUAACAGGAUGGUUUCGUAGACCUCGUGUAAUAUAACUUUUUACAGCACAGCGUGUUGCUCAGUUAGUGAAUUGAGUCAGAAAUAAAUCUUGGUAUUGAAUGCUUCGUCAAUCCAGUUUUGUUCUCCAGAAAUUUUGAUUCUUUAUAUUCUGAUUUGUCAUCAAUGGUUUUUUCAGCCUGCGCUUCUAGUCAGUCGCCUCGAACAAUCAUUUUAUUUUUAAAAAUAUACAGAGCUCAAUCCGUGAUAAAUCGUUUUGCUAACAAUAUUGCGUAGUUGAUAUAUUUGGUUGCCUAUUUCUGAGCUGCGCGUAAUUUAUCUCUGAUCAAAACAAAACAUACAAAUAGUAGAAUAUGAGGAUGCACACGAUUCCGAUUAUUCCAGCUGUUUAGUCGUUGAUUGUUAAAUGAAAAUGUGCGCUGUUGAAAGAUAUAAAGAAUUUGUGGAAUAAGUUAGGACAAUAAGCAAAUGGAUUUGGACGAAUUUGAAGAGCAGCUUGGUACUUUCAGUUUCUACAAAAUAUUCAUAAUUGUUUCGUGUAUUUUUGCGAUAUUCGCUGGUUCAUGGACACCAUUCACAUCAGUGUAUUAUAAUGCCGUGCCGGAUCACAGAUGUAGGUUGCCAUAUUUUGAAGACAAUACUACUUGCGGAAACAAGAGUGAAGAGAACUUCACAUCGCUGGCUAUUCCUCCGGGAGAUUCUUGUCAUCGAUACAUCCACAACUCUACGGAUUGUUUGAUAUCAGGAAACUUGUCCUGUUUAACUAACGCAUCAGCAAAUGGAAUAGUGAGAUGCGAUAAUGGAUUUUAUUAUGACGACAGUUACUUCGAAGAAACGGUCGCUACUGAGUGGAACCUGUUGUGUGACAGGAGUCUAUUAAAUUCUUUUGUUACUUCACUUUUGUUCGUUGGAAUAUUUUUUGGAUCUCCUCCAGCUGGAUAUGUCGUUGAUUGGUAA